CCUCACUCCCCAGUUCCACAGUCAUGGAGCUCUCCACGGUCCUUAUCAUUGUCGCUGUUUACGCUGCCAUCCGCUUCUAUUUCAGCCGCAGAAACAGUAACUCCGGAGCAAGCAUGGCCCACGGCAAAGUCAUCGAGGUGGACAACCCCGUCAUCUUCAAAGCCCUGACAUCCUCGGGUCCCGUCGUCGUCGACUUCUUCGCCACCUGGUGCGGACCCUGCAAGGCCGUUGCUCCCGUUGUCGGCAAGCUCAGCGAGACCUACAGCGAUGUGCGCUUCAUCCAGGUCGAUGUGGAUAAGCUGAAGACGGUGGCGACGGAGUUGGAGGUGCGCGCUAUGCCGACUUUCGUGCUGUUUAAGGAUGGCAAGGCUUUGGAGAAUCGGGUUGUGGGGGGGAAUAUGAAGGAGUUGGAGGAGGGGAUCAAGGGGAUUCGGUCUUAGGUUUGGAUUUCUUGGUUGUGAGGAGGGGAGGUUUGCUGUGUAGAUGGUUUAUGUCCUGUCAUGGACUUUUGUUCUGUGAAUGCCUUGUACAAUGGUACAGUGGCUGGAGUUAUUGUUGUCCACGUGCUGCUUGCAUUGUGUACUCCGUACAUCAUGAAUAAACAUGGUGAAUCUGCUUCCACAGUGAUGAGUGAUAACAUACAAUUGAA